AUGGCCAAUCGGGGCUACGAUGUCGUCGUCGAUGUGGAUCAAGAGGGUGAUCUAGGCCACACUGAUCUUCAGGACGAUGACCUUGAAUUUCACCAGUCUAACUUCAAUCAGACUUCUUCGCGCAAGAUUCAACCCGACAACACCCCCUUCCUCUCCUCUGCAACCAACCCAGCCAACCUACCGGCGGACGCGCCGCCUACGAAACGCAUGCUAUGGUCCCUAUCCUUUUACGCUCAAUUCUUCGAUGUGGACACCUCCACCGUUCUACACCGCUGCCGCACCGCUUUGAUUCCCUUUCUCCCAAACACACCACCCUUUCUGGACACACUCGAUGGAAACCCUGACCUGUACGGACCGUUUUGGAUCGCUACCACCGUGGUAGUCAUUCUCUUCUUGACAGGCACGAUCAGCCACAAGCUGGCGAGCGAGAAUAAGAAGCAUUUCGAGUACGACUUCAAGCUGCUCUCGGGUGCCGCAGGCCUGAUAUAUGGAUACACGCUCUUCGUGCCACUAGGACUUUGGGGUGCACUGAGGUGGUUUGGUGCACAGGGCCUCGAGCUUGUAGAAUGCUGGGCACUAUACGGCUACGGCAACUUGUUCUGGAUCGGUGUGUCUCUGCUGAGCUGGAGUCCGCUCAAUGGCCUGAACUAUGCGCUCGUCGGCCUGGGCUAUGCCGUCAGUGUGUUCUUUUUACUUAAGAACCUGUACCCGAUCAUCAGUGCGACGGACAAGAAGAUCAGUCAGAUAUUACUCGUCGUGGUUGUGCUAUUGCAUGCAGGAUUGGCGGUGGCUGUCAAGGUGCUCUUCUUUAGCCACAAGAGUCCGGCAAAGAAAGACGGCGGCGAUGACGACGACGGUGACAAAAUGCUUCUGAUGUUUUGA